AUGUCUCUCCAGUUUUCUCCACAGGCACCAUGGAGGAACAACAACAUCACCUUUCUGAACAAAGAGCCUCCUGUCUCAGAACAAGGAGAGACUAUUAUAGGCUUUUACCUACUGGCUUUAGGAUGGAUGUCUUGGUUUGGAAACAGCAUUGUGAUUUUUGUUCUCUAUAAGCAGAGAGCUGUCCUGCAGCCCACGGAUUAUCUUACAUUUAAUCUGGCUGUAUCAGACGCAAGUGUGUCUGUGUUUGGUUAUUCCCGAGGGAUCAUUGAAAUCUUCAAUGUCUUUAAAGAUGAUGGAUUCCUCAUCACAUCGAUAUGGACAUGCCAGAUUGAUGGAUUUCUGACACUUCUGUUUGGCCUGGCUAGCAUUAAUACCCUUACAGUGAUCAGUGUGACUCGCUACGUAAAGGGCUGCCAUCCAGACAGAGGGCAUUGCAUUAGCAACAGCAGCAUCACUGUGGCCCUGGUUCUCAUCUGGAUAGCAGCUUUCUUCUGGUCAGUGGCUCCAAUACUUGGAUGGGGCAGUUAUACAGAUCGCAUGUAUGGCACAUGUGAGAUAGACUGGGCAAAAGCCAACUUCUCUACAAUCUACAAGUCCUACAUUGUGUCUAUAUUUAUCUGCUGUUUCUUCCUACCUGUGAUUGUGAUGGUCUUCUCAUACGUGUCCAUCAUCAAUACUGUCAAGUCAAGCCAUGCACUAACUGGAAUGGGUGAUCCAACAGAUAGGCAGAGGCGAAUGGAGCGAAAUGUCACUCGGGUUUCUAUUGUCAUUUGCACGGCCUUUAUUAUAGCAUGGUCUCCAUAUGCUGUCAUCUCGAUCUGGUCUGCCUGUGGCUACUCAGUGCCCAAUCUAACCAGUAUCUUUGCCAGUCUGUUUGCCAAGUCUGCCAGCUUCUACAACCCCAUUAUCUACUUUGGAAUGAGCUCCAAAUUCCGAAGGGACAUUUUCAUCUUGCUGCAUUGUGCUAAGGAGACUAAGGACCCCGUGAAGCUCAAACGCUUCAAAAAUCUCAAGCAGAAGCAGGAGCCUUCUCCUUCUCAGAGAGACGAGAAAUAUGCAGCGGUGGUCCAGCCUGCACCCAGUCCUGAUUCUGGGGUAGGGAGCCCAACCAACACCCCACCUCCCAAAAACAGGGAAGUGUAUUUUGGAACCUUUGAUUCUGCAUCUACCAACCCUGAUAUCGAAUGUGAUAGACUGUAAGGCUGCAAUUACCAUGUGCACCCACCCACUAUAUAUACAACUAGAACAGAUUCAGCUCACCACUUCUGAGCAGCUCCCUAAUUCCCAUUCCAUCUGUCUCUUACUAUAGAACUAAUGACGACUCCUGUAUGACUUAAAGCAAAUCAGGAUGUGCUAAACAGAUAUAAUUCUGAUUAUACAUGGGUUAUAAAAUGCAGUGCAGCAAAUUACAAUGGUGGACAUCAAAUCUAGUGUCAGAGGGAAUUUUUCCUUCUCUGGAUCUUAGGGUGACCAGAU